UUCGUUUUCUGCUUCUUCCGGUUGGUAUCUUGGAUCUCGCUGCUGUUGGUUGCUGAGAGAGAACUCUACAACAUCGUAAACCAAACUUUUGAUGUGUGGUUAACUAUUGAUAUUGACAACUUAUCUUUCCCGUAGCGCGUGUUAGAAAUGGGUGACAGCUCUGACGAAGACGUACCCGAUCUGGUGGAGGCUGAGAUUGGGAAAGUACCAGUAACAGUUAUCACUGGCUUUUUAGGAGCUGGAAAAACUACGUUGCUGAAUUACAUCCUAACAGAGCAGCAUGGUAAAAGAGUAGCUGUUAUCCUCAAUGAGUUUGGAGAAGGAGAUUCAAUAGAGAAGUCUAUGUCUGUUGGCCAAGAAGGUGAACUGUUUGAAGAGUGGCUGGAACUGAGAAACGGCUGUCUGUGUUGUUCUGUUAAAGACAAUGGGGUCAAGGCCAUAGAGAAUCUGAUGCAGAAAAAAGGCAAGUUUGACUACAUCCUGCUGGAGACGACUGGACUGGCAGACCCAGGACCCAUUGCUUCCAUCUUCUGGCUAGAUGAGGAGUUGUGUAGUGAUGUGUAUCUGGAUGGCAUUGUUGUGGUAGUGGAUUCCAAGUUUUGCAAACAGCAUUUACAAGAGGUGAAGGAGGAUGGUUCUAUCAAUGAGUCACAAAGACAGAUAGCCCUUGGCGAUGUUGUUGUGGUCAACAAAACAGACCUGGUCUCAUCAGAGGAACUAAAGGACUUGAAGGACAGGAUCAGGUCUGUCAACGGUUUUGCCAAACUUGUGGAAACGUCGCAUGCAAAAAUUGAACUUAACGACAUUUUAGACAUCAAUGCCUACGGACUGUCUGGAGAUGUAAAAAUUGAGGACAUUUUCUCUAAAAGAGGAUACUCCCCACAGGACAAACAUGUGAUUGACAAGAGUGUUGGGACAAUUACCGUGGAAGUUUCCGGGGAUCUGUCUCGUGCAGCUUUGGAGAACUUCCUGCAGACUUUGCUAUGGGAGAAGACAGUGAAAGAUUCCAAAGGAGAAAUCAUUGAUGUCCUCAGGCUGAAGGGUGUGGUGUCGGUGGAGGGUGAAGGUCGCAGGCUGGUCGUCCAGGCAGUCCAUGAAUUGUACGACUCCCAGUUUACCACAGAAUGGGGCAGCACAGAGCACAAAGCCAGCACUGUCGUCUUUAUAGGCAGAAACUUGGACAGAAAUGUCUUGGAAACGAGUCUCAGGCAGUUGGUUGUUGAAAGAUGAUCCACAAGUUUUCUCAUCAUCACUUAUGACUGGGAGAGAAUGUCAUCAAAGUCAAAGGAUCAUGUGAAAACCCUUCUUCCUCGUCCUCUUCUUGUACUGCUGCUAGAGUGGAACUCUUCAAAGACGAGGCGUUUUCUGUGAUGAAGAACAGCAAGGCUUUUAAAAAUAUUGGUAAAGCUAUUUGCAGUAUGAAACUUGUAAUGUUGGUGGAUAAUACAAAUAAUAAUAGUGACGAUGUAAGGAUAAAAAACUUUGUACAACAUCCACCCCGGCUUUACUCUAAUGUUGGAGAAAAAAAAACUUAGGUGUGAAUGUGUUGAUGAAACUGUACUCCCUUUGAUUUUGAGGUCACAGUUCUAGGUUUUAUCUUCGUGGCGAACCCUGUGGCCUGGGCUGCUCCUCCCACGUCUUUAUGCUCGUGUUGUCCUCGUCUAUUUUAUCAACACUUAUGAUAGGGAGAGAAUGUCAUAGGAUCAUUUUGAAACCCUUCUUCUUGUACCCUUGCUUCUAGAGUGAAGCUCUUCAAAGACAAGGCAUUUUCUGUGAUGAAGAACAGCAAAGCUUUUAAGAAUAUCGGUGAAGCUAUUUGCUGUAUGAAACUUUGUUUGAAUGUUGAUAGGUAAUGCAAAA